GCACGUAACAUCCAAAUACUGCGAAAUUUCUGGAACGCGAAACGCCUUCACGAUCAAUUAUCAAUAUACUUGCGUUCUGAACAAAAGACCAAAAUGGGUUCAAGAUUGCCUAUUCGAAACUUGCCUUUUGGGGACGAUGGAACCUCAGCGCCCGUUCAAAAGUCCCAAGAAACCAUUCAUAGCCUCGUCGAAUACCGCAUACAGAGCAAAUUCGAAAGUAGCAGUGCUGGGGAAUCUACUAUCGAAUCAGAGGUUCAUGACACGAACUUAUGUAUCACGGUAUCCUUGUGGGUGGCUGACGUACAAAGUGCCGUCACAGAAUGGGAAAUGCUAAACGGACAUGGGUCGGGAAAAUAUGCUGCACAGAGUCCCAGAGAAAAAAUAGAGGACUGGAUUUCACAUGUGCAAAGCGAAAGCGAAAAUUUUACCAAGUACGAGUAUGACAUGAACGAGGAUACCAAGAAUGGAGAUACUACUCUCAAUGGCUAUGCAGUCAACGCGAGCCUACCCUACCCGGUGGAGCGCUUCGAAAGUAAAGAAGAGGUCGAUCAUAGAAUUCAAUCUGUUAUUGACUUCAUAUUCCAUGCCAUUGACCCUCUCGCAUUCUUCGCAACACUUCCCACUUCCGACUCCGGCAUAGACGAGGGUUACAAGAGAGAAAUCGACAACGAUGAGAGUUAGGAUUAACUGGAGCCAAUUUCUCAUAAAAGUGACGAUUCAUCUUGUGUGUAAACUUUCAUCAGUCGAAAGUUUUGAGAUGGAACUACACCAUUUCAUUGCAGCGGAUCAUCCUAUUCAAACUCUAGUAGGAUAUGUGGAUAUAAGAAUAAUCCCGAAGAAUGAUCGGAGAUCCAAUCGUAGCGCCCUUCUUGACCAUCUAUUACACUCGUCUGUAAUAAGUCAUGCUCUUUAUCCAAUCGACGUCCUCCACCGCCCGGGCAGAAAAUCUCAAAAAAUUUGUUGCAUAUCUACUUCAGGGUGUUAAAGCGGAGAGAUAGAUGCCUGUAAGAGUCUACAGGCUCUAUCUAAUUUUGGGAUCUUUCAUCCUCGGUCAUUACCUGCCAAGAACCCCAAGCUAACUUCUCAUCCUGAAGAUGACAAUGGCAGUCUGCGAAAUUUCCCCCACUCGACGACAAAAUAAAAGCCUAGUUAGGCCUGUUGCGUUAGAGAAACAUUUGGUGUAAGGGGAUAAGGCUGUACCAAGAUCUGAACCGAGUCAAGACCUUGUCUCGUAGAUUUGCUGGUGUUUCCUGAAACAACCUGCACAAGCAACGCCGCCCGCAUCUUGGAAUGUGUAUCAAGGGUCUUGAUGCUCCUGCUUGAUACUGUGCCAUCAUUUUGAGAGAGUUUAGAAACACAAUCAACAUUGAUAAGUGUUCUCUUUGGAGACCUCUGGGCACGAAGAGGAUAUCUUGAUGGAUUUUGCACGAGAAUCCAGCGUCAAUGGUGAUUUGUUAGAUGAAGCCGUCGAGGAGUAUCUAUCGAGUCUUCUUCUUGUAAUUUUAGAGACGCCCUGCAUCCAAUUUAACA